UCCGCCCAGCUAUCCUAGAGCAGGAGGAUAAAGUCAAAGCAGCUCUCCCCGGAGGACAGUGGACUCAGCCGCUGGCACCAGCACCAUGCCUAUGACGCUGGGUUACUGGGACAUCCGUGGGCUGGCUCACGCUAUCCGCCUGCUCCUGGAAUACACAGACUCAAGCUAUGAGGAGAAGAGAUACACCAUGGGCGAUGCUCCUGACUAUGACAGAAGCCAAUGGCUGAAUGAGAAAUUCAAGCUGGGCCUGGACUUUCCCAACCUGCCCUACUUAAUUGAUGGGUCACACAAGAUCACCCAGAGCAACGCCAUCCUGCGCUACCUUGCCCGCAAGAACAACAUGUGUGGGGAGACGGAAGAAGAGAAGAUUCGUGUGGACAUUUUGGAGAACCAGGCUAUGGAUGUCUCCAAUCAGCUGGCUAGAGUCUGUUACAGCCCAGACUUUGAGAAACUGAAGGCUGAAUACUUGGAGCAGCUGCCUGGAACGAUGAAGCUCUUCUCACAGUUCCUGGGGAAGCAGACGUGGUUUGUUGGUGAAAAGAUUACUUUUGUGGAUUUCCUUGCUUAUGAUAUCCUAGACCUGCACCUUAUAUUCGAACCCAAGUGCCUGGAUGCCUUCCCAAACCUGAAGGACUUUGUGGCCCGCUUUGAGGGACUGAAGAUCUCUGCCUACAUGAAGAGUGGCCGCUUCCUCCGAACGCCUCUGUAUACAAAGCAAGUGCCCUUCUAGCGGGACUGUCCUGCACCCACUUGAUGGUCUUGCCUGUCAUUUGCUGUGAUGUGAAGAGCUGGGACUCUCCCUCAGAGCUCAGCCUGGGCUCCCCGUGCCUGUCAGGAGGCUGGAGAUGCCUCAUGUAUGAGGGCGCUGCCCGACCAUGUCAGGUACCUGCUGUUGGGCUUGAACCACACUGGCCCUGGCUGCUACACUGCCAGCUUUCACUGCUGCCCCAAAGACUGCCUCGAGGCCUGUUCAGAGGCCAAGUUCACAGGGAUUCUGAUUGGAUAAGCAGGGGUUUGGCACUUCCUGACCCCAUCUGAUAGCGUCACAGCAGGCAGCUCCAGGAGGCUCUGUGUCACUUAAAGGGAGCCUUUUGGGGGCUUGGGGUCUCCUGUACUCUAGCAUUACUGAGGCUUAUCAUACAGGCCUCAGGGGUGAGGACCCAGGCUGGUGGGAGUCCCCAGCAGCAAACCAGAAUCCCCUCUGUUUCCCAGUACUAUGGCUGCAUUUUAUUUAUGUGUCUCCAGGAUCCUUUCUCCUCUUGGUUCCUGAUGCGUUUGGAGUAUACUGUCUUGGUCACCAGGGAUGGGGACCAACUUGGCUAAUCCCUUCUCUCUGUGAGACCCUGUGAAAUAAAUUUCUUCGUGCUUUCAUUAAAAA